AUGACAUCAAAUAAUGCAAGCGACAGUCCUCGCUCAACUGUCAGCCAGGAUCUCCACGCCAUCUUCGGCGUAGCAUUCUAUGGAUUGUGCAAUCCAGCGGAACUAUGGACUUCCACGGGGCCAACUCUCAGCGAGUUGACGGGUGGUUUGUUGGGUCAAUCAUUCCGCCCGGAGCGAGACAUUGCUGAUUUAUCGGGGAAGACUGUUUUCAUCACGGGUGGAAACACCGGCCUCGGAAAAGAGACAGUCCUCCAACUGGCUCGACACAAUCCAGCACGGAUCUAUCUUGCUGCUAGGAACGAGGCGAAGGCCGUAGAGGCUAUUCGGUCUAUUCGAGAGGAGCUUUCUCCAUCAUCGUCAACAGCAACUACAGUGGACAUACAAUACACCCGCUUAGAUCUGGCCGAUUUCUCAUCUAUCAGGCAGGCAGCUGCGCAAUUCACACAGGACAACUCGAGACUGGACAUCCUCAUACUCAAUGCUGGCAUACUAGCUGAGGCAGCAGUGACAACGCCGCAGGGCCAUGAGAUCCAACUCGGCACGAACCAUAUUGGCCAUUUCCUGCUUACGAAGUUGCUGCUUCCGGUGCUGGAGAAGACAGCGAACCAAGACGAAGAAGAGACGGCAGAUGUGCGCGUAAUCACCUUGACCAGUUUAGCAAGCGGACUCACUCCAUCAUCACUAUCUUCAUCCUCAUCCUCAUCACCAACGAACAACGAACAAGAAGAGGAAGCCGACUUCAUAACCACAAUCUCAUCCACCCCGCGCCUCCUCUCCCUAACAACCUGGCAACGCUACGCAAUCAGCAAAGCCGCCAACAUCCUCUUCGCCACUGAACUUGCACGCCGCCAUCCAUCCCUAACAUCUGUCUCCGUGCAUCCGGGCCUUGUAGCAAGUGACCUGUACAAUCCGACGCAGGCAACCAACAAACUCGCCAGUUAUGUGCUGCCGCUGUCCAUGAAAGUCGUUUUCCGAUCUGUGCGCUCGGGCACGCUGAAUCAAUUGUGGGCUGCGGCUGGGGCGCGCAAGGAGCAGAUUGUGAAUGGGGCGUAUUAUACGCCUGUUGGGUAUCGGAAUGAGGCGAAUAGAUUUGUGGUGGAUGAGAGGUUGGCGAGGAGGUUGUGGGAGUGGACGGAUGAGGUGACGAAUGCUUAG